GGUGAAAGUGAUACCAAAUCUGAUCAUCCGUACAAGAAUCGACCCGUGGUAUCCUGUCAUUGCAUCACAUGCAGACAGGAGAAAUCAUCCCUACAAAGCAAGCCUUCAUCUCUUUCAAUCCAUUUUAGUUUCAGUCACUUGUCAUCCUUUUGCAGGUGGGGAGUCAUUAUUGUUCUUGUUUUCUCUUGUUUCAUGGGGUAGUACUGAUAGGAAUCCAUCGGUUGGUCUCUCUCAGUCUUAUAUAUGUGGAACAGAAAAUUGCUGAGGAUUCUCAAGCCUCUCCACCAAGUUUGAGAAUAUGGCUGAAAGUUUUAGAGCGCAAUUCUUUCUGAUAAAGCAUGCGCUUCUAGUAGAGUUUUGUUGGAUCGUGAGUAUAUUAGCUUCCUCAUGGUUUCUGCUUUCCAUCUCUUAUUUCGGUCUAAUCAGUUUCCUCAAGGCCUAUUGUUUCAAGAGGAUUGAUCAAGAUGAAGGAUGUUCAGAAAAACUUGGACCUUGUGAGGAACUGCGUGACAAGAAAGGAGGGGAUGAGAAGAAAGCGGGAGAGGUGCUUGAUGAAAGAGCUGGAGUUCAUAAGGAUGCAUGCCCCCUGGAUGUCCACGGAGAUGUCGCAUCACGGCCCUUUGAGGGCUUCCGGCAUGCCGCCGUGGAGGUGGAGGUGAUUGACUUCAGUUUUGGCGAUCAGACAGAGUCUGAGAACGAUUCUGCAUUGGACGCCGAAAUGAAGGCUUUCAGGGAGAAGGGUGGGAUCGAUGAAGCUUUCAGCUGUAACAAGGACAAAUUGCAGAGCGCUUUCAAUGGUAAGUUUUUGAAAGUCGGAGACUUUGGAAGCCCCAAGGCAUCCCUGGACAUUAACGUGGGAAGAAAUGGGGAUUCACCGACGGACUUAUCCUCUUCUGUGAGCUCAAACUGUGACAUGUUUAGUGAAGGGGAUACAUCAGAGAGCAGCUUCGAGGAAGAUGACUUCUUAACCGAGAAAGAUUUCAUCUGUGUUAAGCCUAGACCAAUUUCUGAUUAUUUGUCACUUGCCCAUGAUCUUUGUGAAGAUUCUAAGUCAUCGGACUGCGAAAAUUCUGAUGAAAAAGAGCUUGCGUUCAGCUAUCAGUUCCUGGGGGAGAAGGAUGAUGCCUAUGAAAGGCUGGAGUUGUUGUCUGUUCAUGCUCCUCCCUUGUCUGCAUCAGAGAGGCAAUCAGAAGAAGACGAUGGUGAUGAUGAAAUAUCCAUUAGCAGUAUAAUAUUGGAGUCUUCUGAUCUAGAAGCGGAGCUUCUUGUUGUUGUCAAUGCAAAAGAAAGUUGUGGUUUCAUCUUGCAAUCUAAUCAAGGUAGCCCUGAUCAUGCUCUUGAGGAUGAUCCGCCGAGCUCUGAGGAGGAAAGCACCGCUCAUGGAUCUGACUCUCCGAAGAAGCAAAUCGAUGAAUAUCAAAUCCGGAAUGACGAUGCACUUACUAAAGAUACCCAUCAUGCGAGUCCCACUUCCUGUGAUGCAUUGCAGUACCGCGGCGCCCAUGAUCAGAGUUCACCAGACAACCAAGAACAGAGUCCUCGAGUACUUCAAAGAGAUCACCUUGAACACAUCUGUUCUUCAAAUGAAGUGAACCAUGAAGACGAAAACCAUCUCAUUGUGGGGCAAGUGGAAGAUUCCCUAAACCAUGUUUUUGAGGGCCCAUUAGAGUCGAUUUCAGAUCAAAAUGAUCCCAGCAUCCAUGAUUUGCUGAAAUCUGAAGAUACCAACGACAGAACUUCUGAUCCACUGGCUGAAGCCCAAGAUACCAACCCCCAGAAUUCAAUUUCCCUUGUGGAAAACAAUGACGACCAUCUCCAGAAUUCUGCGGAGUCGAUAUCAGAGCACUGGGAGGAAAGACGAGACUACGAGGAGGAGGAGGAGGAGGAGGAGGAAGAGGAGGACGGACUCGAGGCGCUGCUGGAGCACCAGAAGAUGGUGGAGAAACUGAAGAUGGAGAUGAGGAGGGCGAGGGGAUGGGGGCUGCCCACCAUACUCGAGGAGUCGGAGUGGCCGAGGGUGAUGGAUGAUCUCAAGCAGUGGAAGAUGGACAACAGCAAGCUGAUGGCAGCGGCGAAGGAGGAUCCCAUGGAGGAGAUACAGAAGCUCUAUAGGAGCUAUAGAGACAAAAUGCGCAAACUUGAUAUCCUCAACCACCAGAAGACGUCCUCCAUUGGUUUCCUCAAGCUGACAGAGCCCUUCCAAUCCUGCUCGGGCCUCAGGGCUGCAAUUCCGGCACUGACUUCCGUCGUGUCGCAGAAUUUCCGGCGAAGUCGAGCCCAGAAACCUGAAAGCCAGCCAUCGGCGGAGUUCAUGAGGGAGCUGCGGGUCGACCUGGAGACGGUGUACGUGGGCCAGGUGUGCCUCUCGUGGGAGUACCUGCACUGGCAGUACACACGGUUCCGGGACAUGCUGGACGCCGACCCGGACUACCGGGGCAACUUCAGGCGGGCCGCCGACGAAUUCCAGACGUUCCUGGUCCUCCUCACCAGGUUCAUAGAGGACGAGAAGUUCAAGGGCCCGAGAGUGGACAACUACGUCAAGAACCGGUGCGUCCAGCGGAGCCUUCUCCAGGUACCCCUGAUAAAAGAAGAGAAGGCAAGCAAGGUCGAGGAAGAGACGUCCGUGGACGAUUUGGUGGACAUGAUGGAGGAAUGCUUGAGGACAUUUUGGGAUUUUGUGAAAAGGGACAGGGACGAAGUUGGUACCAUCCUUAAGGGCCUCAUCGGGUCCCAGACCGAGCUCCAGGACCCGGCUGAUUCUGAGCUCUUUGCCAACAUUCAAAGCAGUCUUCAGAAGAAGGAGAAGAGGCUGAAGGAUUUGCAGAGGACGGGGAACUGUCUGGUGAAGAGGUUGCAGAAGCAACAGCAAGGAGGUUGGAUGGAUGAGUCUCUCUUCUUCUCUCUGGUGGACAUGAAGCUGGUGGGCAGAGUGUUGAGGAUGUCGAGAGUGGGCAGCGACCAUCUGGAGUGGUGCCGGAGGAAGCUGCUCAAGGUCUCGUUCAGGGGGAGGAAGCUGGUGAGAGACCCUUCUUUCCUCCUCUUCCCCUGUUGAUCCCACUUCCUCACCAUUAUUUCGUAGACGUUUCUUUCUAGCAGCAGAAUGUAUAAAGCAGUUCAGUAGUAAAAUAAUUAUAUGCAUCUUUUUUUUUUUUUAUCACACAUCAUAUCAGAAGUUGGUUGCAGUUGGAAGGUCUGUGUCCAACUUAUGUUGGUAGAGCCAUUUCUUUC